CGGCCAGCAAGCCAGAGAGUGUCCAACUGUUUUUGUGCAGUACUGUAGUGUUACUGGGUGUCCCGGAAUUUUUUAAUCGGACAAUUUUUACCGGGCCAAAAAAUAUCGCAUUUAAAAAAAUCAACCUUAAAGUAAAAAAAUCUUUGGGUUUUAAAAUAGUUUGCGAAAGUCACAUAUCGGCAUUUCCGGGUGAAAAGUUACGCCAAAAUAGGGUCCAAAUUAUGAUUAAGGUGGAUGAAACGGACCCUGUAGGGGAGGUGAAACUGAGCUUCCCAUACAGAGAUAUACAAAUAAGAAGAAAUGUAGAUCCAAAAGACGACUACGAACUUGAUUCAGAAAUUGGAAGGGGCAAAUUCGGCACAGUAUACAAAUGCAAAGAAAAAUCCACCGGUCUCCCUUUGGCAGCAAAAUUCAUAGGAUGUCCAAAAAAAGAAGACAGAAGAAAUGUGGAACGGGAAAUCGACAUCAUGAAGGCCUUGCAACAUCCCAGAUUAAUCCAAGUAUACGACGCAUUUGAGAAUGGAAAAGUCAUGUGCGUCAUAUUGGAAUUAAUAGAGGGAGGAGAACUUUUCGAGCGGGUCAUAGACGACGACUUCAUACUGACUGAAAAAAGUUGCACCGUUUUCAUGAGGCAGAUCUGCGAGGGCGUGGAAUUCAUACACAAACAAAAAAUUUUACAUUUGGACAUGAAGCCCGAAAACGUUCUGUGUUUGACCAAAACAGGCAACCGAAUUAAAAUUAUAGAUUUCGGCUUGGCCAGGCGUUUCGACCCGGACAAAAAAUUACAAGUUUUGUUCGGCACCCCCGAGUUUGUGGCACCGGAGAUCGUUAACUUCGACGCCAUUGGUUAUGGUACCGAUAUGUGGUCCGUAGGUGUCAUUUGCUAUGUUUUAUUGUCUGGAUUGUCGCCAUUUAUGGGUCACACAGACGUCGAAACAAUGGCGAAUGUAACCGUGGCCAAGUAUGAUUUCGAGGAGGAAGCAUUUGCGGAAAUCACAGAUACCGCCAAGGAUUUCAUAGAAAAACUUCUUGUCAAAGACAUGACCGAGCGCAUGUCCGCUUCGGAUUGCUUGAAGCACCAGUGGCUAAAACGGAAAAAACCGCCGGCCCUGCAGAAAGUCCCCUCGAUGGACGUCACCAAGGACAACCUGAAGCACUUCGUCGAGCGCUGGAACGAGCACCCCAACUCGCCCUACGUUUUCGAGGUCGACAGCGGGUUGUUGCGGGGGAAUUCCCUGUCGGAUUCCUCGGAGAGUUUGUUCGGGGGGUCCCCGUCCCCUUGCGGGUCGUUGGGGUCUUCCCCGGGUUCACCAAGUGGCUACUCCAACGGAUACCACGACUUGGUGACCCCCCCGAACGUUGAUUUCUACAGAAGAGCCUCCGAUAGCACUGUUUUAACGGGCAACUACGAUGCCGAGGAAAGAUUCAACUUGGCCGAAGAAAUAAGAAAGCUUUCGGAUAAGUUGUACCAACUGUCGAACAUGCCGACCAACUUGACCAACGAAGAGUGCCCUUUCGAAGGAACAAAAACCGUGGAAAACAUCCAAAGAACGAUACCGAUACAGAUAACCAACAGAAAGUUCGGGGAACUACCGGCGGACCAUCCCAACAGUCCCUCGUGCUCCAUUCCUUGGCGGCGCGCGAAAUUCAAGCUCAACAGCUCGAGCCGCGACGUGCCAAUGGCAUCUAGAAGCAUACACAAGGCCAACUGCUACGGCAAAAGUCCUAAAUCUCCCAGCGGGACCAAGGAUCUUCUGUUGAGGCUGCUGGAUCACUGGCCGGGCACUAAAAGUGCUAGUAGGCCGGUGGCAAGGCACGGCUCGAUUUCCUCGAGCUUGAUGGAGGACGACAGUUUGGGGCAGAAAACCAUCAGCUCGUUGAAUUCGUUUUUUCAAUCUAGGGCGGCCAGCAAGAUCUCGUUCAGCCAUCAUUGAGAGUCGCUUAAAAACGCUGGGCAACAAAUUUUUAAUACACUCACGGAUUUAAACGAAUAUUAAAAAAU